UUAAACUCGCGGUCAUGUGACCGGGGCAAGAUGGCUCUCCCCAAGUUGUUAAUCCUGCUGCUGAGCGCGGCGCUCUUCCCAUGGCCCUCUCCGAGCUCCGGUGCUCCACUGACGGGGCCGCGGAAGGAGCCGCCGCCCCUGGUCAUUUGGCACGGGAUGGGAGACAGCUGCUGUAACCCUUUGAGUAUGGGGGCCAUUAAAAAAUUGGUUGAGCUCAAAAUACCAGGAAUUUAUGUGUUAUCAUUGGAGAUUGGGAAGACUCUGAUUGAGGAUAUGGAGAACAGCUUCUUCUUAAACGUGAAUCACCAGGUGUCUCUGGUGUGUGAGAUGCUCGCCCAGAACCCCAAGCUGCAGCAGGGCUACAACGCCAUGGGCUUCUCCCAAGGUGGCCAGUUCCUGAGGGCAGUGGCGCAGAGAUGUCCGUCACCUCCCAUGAUCAAUCUGAUUUCCGUGGGUGGACAGCAUCAAGGUGUGUACGGGCUGCCUCGAUGUCCAGGGGAGAGCUCUCACAUUUGUGACUGGCUCAGGAAAACGCUGAACGUGGGCGCCUACACCAAGGGUGUCCAGGAACGCUUGGUCCAAGCAGAGUACUGGCACGACCCCAUAAAGGAGGAGAUCUACCGCAACAGCAGCAUCUUCUUGGCCGACAUCAACCAGGAGAGGGGCAUCAAUGAGACCUACCGGAAGAAUCUGAUGGCCCUGAAGAAUUUUGUGAUGGUGAAGUUCCUCAAUGACUCGGUGGUGGACCCCGUGGAUUCCGAGUGGUUUGGAUUUUACCGGAGUGGCCAAGCCAAGGAGACUGAGCCCCUGCAGGACACUGCCCUGUACACAGAGGACCGCUUGGGGCUUAAGGAAAUGGACAAAGCAGGCAAACUAAUCUUCCUGGCUGUAGAGGGGGACCACCUUCAAUUCUCGGAGCAGUGGUUUUGUACAAGUCUCCUCCCAUUCUUGGUGUGAAAUCCUUGCUUCACCGAGAUUACUAACUGCAACAAGAACUCUAGGCACUCCAGCCCUUCCAUAGCAACUUGGGGGAAGGGGUCAAUCAAGACUGUACUCUGCCCUUAGAUGCAACUAACACUUCACUCCUUUCCUCAUCUGACACUGUCUGAGAUAGAAGAUCCUCAUCUUAUCUGCUUAUUACUCAGGCCCAAUCCUACUGCCAUAUGGUAGGGAGUCCAAGUUUCAUUAGCUAAUGAGCAUGAGGAUUGUUUUACAUGUCCUUGACUGUGGUCAAACCCAAUUCUAGGUUAUAUAUAGGCUGCUUUGCAGAAAACCAGGA